AGUAAAACAGCUGCAUAUCUUCCAAGAAAAGCUCGUGUUUUCCGAAGCGGAGGUGCUUUAUUAAGAGAACUAGGCAGGACAAACAUUAACAUGGCAAGCUCGGCUGUUCAGUUACUUGGCUUCUCUCUAAGCCUGCUUGGCCUAAUUGGGACAUUAAUUGCUACUAUUCUGCCACACUGGUGGCGAACAGCACAUGUAGGCACCAAUAUUAUAACAGCUGUGGCCUAUAUGAAAGGGCUUUGGAUGGAAUGCGUCUGGCACAGCACCGGCAUCUACCAGUGCCAGGUCCACCGCUCCCAGCUGGCGCUGCCCCCUGACCUCCAAGCCGCCCGUGCCAUGAUGGUAAUUUCCUGCGUCCUUUCUGCACUGGCAUGCGUGAUUGCUGUCAUCGGUAUGAAGUGCACACAGUGUGCCAAGGGGACUUCCGCCAAAGCCGCCAUCGCAGUCUCCGGGGGGAUCGUUUUCAUUCUGGCUGGUCUCGUUUGCCUGGUACCUGUUUCUUGGACCACUAACAACGUUGUUACAGAGUUCUACAACCCCAUGCUUCCCAGUGGGAUGAAGUAUGAGAUAGGUCAAGCUCUGUACCUUGGCUUCGUCUCUGCAUCUUUGACUAUCCUCGGUGGUGCACUGCUGUGCACGUCGAGCCAGUGUGGUGGGAACGAGACACCUUACCAGACACAGCGCAGCAGCGUAAGAAGGACUGCUCCCUCCUAUAGACCACCAACUGUCUACAAGGGAAACCAUGCUUCUUCCCUAACAUCUGCUUCCCAUAGCGGCUACAGAUUAAAUGACUAUGUGUGAGUUCCCUAAGAUUUGCCUGCGGGACACAGCUGCUUUAUAA